UUUUUGUCCCUUUACAGAUUAAUCACUCCGAUAUUAAUGAAAACCUGGAAAAAUAUCUUAUAUAAAUAAAGGUUUCCGCGUUGGCUGGAAUGUGACGUCAUCAACCGGCGACAGUUCUGGCUGUGGCUCGUGCGCGGCUGAUAACAGAUGGAGAGCAGAAACACACCAGUGUUUGUGAGGUCACUUCUGAGCGACAGAGACGCGUCACAUGAGCACGUGUGGCCGUCUGGUGAUGAUGUGAGUCCAGCUGCUGAUGAACAGAACACGUUGUGGUCAUUGCGACCUUGUGGGCUUUGUCUCAGUCACCCUGCACGUUACACUUGUCCCCGCUGUCACGUCCCCUACUGUGGACUGUCCUGUUAUCGUGGUUCAGCUCACACGACAUGUUCAGAGCUGUUUUAUAAAGACUGUGUGUGUGAGGAGCUGAGACAGCGCGGCAGGGUGCAGCACGAGGACACGAUCCACAUGAGGGACAUCCUAAUGAAGUCACAGCAGGCAGAGGGGGGACUGGGCCCAGUCAUAAAGGACCUGAUGGAGAACAGUGGAGGACGAGUGACCGAGAGGGACACAGAGACUAUGACUCUGCUGUCCAGACUAGCCGAGAUUCAGACGGACAGAGAGGAAGGACACGAGGACGAGGUACAGGACAUCCUGCAGAGACUCAGACAGACAGAUAGUGAGGAGGAGGAAGAUGAGGAAGGGGAAGAUGUAGUAACGAGGCUGUCAGGACUAAACAUCGAGUCUCUUGAUGAAGAUGAGCUGUGGAAGCUCCUGCCGGAGAAGGACAAGCAGAGGUUUGAGCAGCUGCUGAAGGACGGAGCGAUCGGUGCUCUCGUCCCAAUAUGGCGGCCGUGGUGGGAGGAGCAUGAGCGAGACCGUGCAGUUCUGAUCGAGGACCUCCAGCAGGAGGGACAUGCUGAAGAAACACGCAGCUCAGAGGAAGGAGAGGACAGAGACGUUCGAGAGGUGGACACGGCCUCAGCACCUCCACUGAAACAGGAAGUCAAGAAACACAAGGUAAAAAUGGAGGAAAGCAGAAACGCUCCUCUUUCUAUCAGCUGUGAAAUCCCGCCCAUGUCCUCUCUUUGCUCUGCGUCUCCGUCCCCACUGGUGAGGUUCAGCUUGGUCAACGUGCUGUACGGUUACGCCUUCGCUCUGCCCCUCUUUAACGGAGACGUGUCAGAGACGCAGCAGCUGCUGGAGUUCACUCAGCUUCUUCUGUCCGUGUCCGAGUGUUUGGGACGCAACCUGACAUUUGGCUCCUUCUCUGAGGCCCUGAGUGCGGCGAUGGCGUCUGCAUCCUCGGAAAACCGUGACGCAGACUCGACACUGAGCGCAGUAGAAGGUGUGGCUCACAUCCUGAGCGGCGUGAGUAAGGACAAGGGGGCGGGAUACACACUGUCAGCUCUCGCCCAUCUGCGCUCUGUGCUCAGCAGGGCGCGUGUCGCAGCUCCCCGUGACCACGCCCACUUCAGGAGGAUGUGUUUCUUAGCAGAGAAGAAAUGUGAGUUCCUGCAGGCGUGGGCCAACGAGAGCACACACACACUGAGGGGUUUAGCCAGAUGGGCGUGGGCAGAGUAUCAGAAACUGACAGCUGAGAGACAGGAGAUGGAGAGAGACAGGAAGCAGGUGGAGGAGAGCUGGAAGAAAGGAAGAGCACGAGGAAAAGUGACGAUUGAAGAGAUUUAAAAGUUACAGCAGCUGUCAAAUAAAAUGACAAUUAUAUCAAUUUAACAAUUAAAAACUUAAUCUGUAA